AUGUCUUCCAAAGUUCGGAGCCGCCGGGUCGAGAUCAAGGAAGAGCCCAUGCCCACGGAGGUGUGCUAUUGGUAAGAUUUUCCUGUUUUCUCUGAAUUUUAGGAGUUUCGACGAAUCUUCUGGCUGAAUUGUAGUAUAAUACUCGUUCUUUCAAUCGAUAAUUAAUUCGAGAUAAUUGCAGUAAUGGGAAGAGAGAUUUGGGCACAAUGGAACUACAUUGUAAUGGGUGCAAGAAGUGGUUCCAUCAGAAAUGCUUGCGCUAUCUCAAGGAAUUGUAUGUUUUUCUUUGGACUUUUGGGUGUUUAGGUGGAUUAUGGGCUGGUCCAACUGUUGAGAACUGAAUCGGAGUGCAAUCUGAGUUUUUUUUUGUAGUUAGAGCUGUUUUAUCUUACACAUGAGAGCUGAUAUUGAAUUCUUAAAUAUUUUAUGUAUUUUUAGUUAUGGCUUGCCGUUUAUGGUCUGUUAUGUCUUUUACUGCGGAGAUUGUGCCAGUGACAAGCAAGAAAGUUGGACAGCCAAGCAGUGCAGUAAGUUUCUUGAAUUGUUUUUUCUGGUUUUAGAUGAAGACAUGGUUAAUAAAAAUUAUGGAUACGGAUGGACCCAAACUGAUGGGCUUCGCUCUCAUUGGUCUUUUUAUUUCCUUGUGGGACUUCCGAGCCGCAGAAGACUUUGUUUUUAUAAAGAAGGGAAUCCUUUUCGUUCAAGUGUAAUAUAAUUUUCCAGAUUUUUCCCACAUGUGUCUGAUGGCAUUGGCCAAUAUGAUCGUAAAUAAGGUCAAAGACACUCACGGUGAGGAUGCGGAUCUUGCCGACAUCAUCAAGAACUCAGAUCCGAUCUAUUUUGAUGUGGACAAGGAGAUUAUCCCAUUCUUCGAGGAGAAUUGGGAAAGUUUGUCGCCGCUUCCGCGCCGCGUCAAGAACACAUGGCACGCCACAAUUGUGAAGACCCUGUCCCAAUGUACCGAUCUGUUCGUGCAGCAUGAGGAUCGGGAAGCCGAGUUUACGCUCAGAGAACGGGAUCUUUUGACGAUCGGGCCGAUGCAUAAGGCCGUCAGACAGGUGGGUAUUUUCUCAAAGUGAGGUUAUUGUUCAAUGUUUAGCUUGGAAAACGACCGGCAGCCAGUCAAGUGACCAGUGCGGCCGACAGCAACGAGGAUUCGGAUGGGCCCAAGACGAGGGGCGCUUCCAAGAGAAAACAGGUCGAAAAUGUGCUCACUCCGGCCCCGAAACGAUACAGAACGUAAGGAUAGAUGGUUUAUUAAUUCCUCAAUCGGAUGAAAAUCACAGAGCGAUCAAAUAUUUCGUGGACGAAAAGAAUUUUUUUAUUUUUAUGUUGAUUUAGCCUAAAAUGUUGGAAAAAUGUCUGAAACUGGAUGUUUCAACGAAUGUUUUGGCGUUUAGUGGUUGUUAAUGGAACCAUUGGAGAUUACUGAGUAUUAUAGACUUUAUUUUUCUUUCAAAUCCAUCUUGGAUUUAUAUUGUUUUAGGGACUUUUCUCAUGUCAAGGCGAAAAUGAAGUAUUUUUCGCAAAAAAAUCUACUUUUUCUUGGUUUUUGAUGUUUGUUCAGCUAUGUUAUGGUAUUUACUGUCUUAUAGGUAUAUAAUGAAUUUGAUUUUUGUCCGAAUUUUGCCAUCUUUGGCGAUUUUUCAUAAUUUUUUUACCUAAAAUAAUAUUUUUUAUGUCCUCUAAAAUAACAUUUUUCCAGCACCGGCAACUCAGACAACACCCCACUCAACGAAGGAGUCAAUGUGAACGCCGAGACCCCAUUCAAUCGAGGAGAAAUUCGAUAUUAUCCAGCAGAAGAGGACCCAUUCUCCGGAGAGAAGUAAGUUCUCACCCAAAAUUUUUUAUUUUUCCGAAUUUAGAGCGAAAGGAUCCCGCGAUUCGGAAGCCAGCGAUGAUUCCCAAUCAAGAGUGGUCCACCCGGCCAAUUAUCGGGUUGUUUUACCGUCCGUUGUCAUGUUAUCAUCAAAUGAUCGUGCAUAUCAGGUGGGGGUUUUAAUUCGGGUUUUUUGGUUUUUAGGUGAUUUUGAGAGAUUUCAAGAGCGGAUUGGAGUAAAAUACGGUUUUUGGCACUCAGAGGUUACUGCAAUUUUGGAUUUUGAGAUUUCUUGGGUUAUCCUGAACAAAAAGUUUUGAUUUAAAAUUUUGUGGGGCUUUGGAGCUUCAGGGAUUUUUUAAGGAAGUUUAGUAUGAGAAAUCGAGGGUAUAGGGUAUUCGUCCAUUGGAGGUUACUGUAAUUUUUUUGUUAAAAAAAUUUUUUUUUUAUUUUUUUGUUGGUAAUUUUGGACAAUUUUGUUGUAAAUUAUGGUAAAAUACGUCCGUAUAAUUUUACGUUAUCUGAGUUGUAUGUCUCAUACUAAAAUUCAAGUUUUCCCAUAAAAAAAAAUUUUUUUUUGAGGUUUUUUGAGAAGUUUCGAAUUUCGUGUUUUAGCUUAAAGUUGACAACGACGGACUCACAAUCACCGGAAAUGGAGGCUACGCCAUGGCCAGAGCCACUCAUCCCGUCUCCAGAGGCCGAUGGUACUUCGAAGUGGAGUUUGUGAAACAGCCAAACGACUCACAUAUCCGGAUUGGAUGGGCGCAAGGAUGCUGUAAGAAGAGUUUUUAAAUUUUUUAUUUCGGUUUUUUUCUGAGGGCGUUGUUUAGUGGUUUGGAGAAGUUAGAAAAUUGAUUUGGCCGUUUUUUCGAUUUUGUUCAAAAAAAAAAUUUUUCGGCAAAAAAUCUCGAAAAUUUGUGAAGUUUGAACGCUAAAAAAUUACUAUGCGUGUGAGAAAAUGCUGUUCUAUAGUUGCGCCAAUUUUUAUCGAGAUUGAAAAAAAAUUUUUUAGGUACCUAAAAUAAUUUUUUUACGAUUUUUUGCCUUAUUUUUUAAAAUUUUUGAAAGUUUUCUAAUGUUAUUUUUGUUUUUCGUCUAAUUUUCAGCCCAUAUUUUCCAUUUUCAGCCCCCCUCCAAGCCUGCGUCGGCUACAGCAAACUGUCCUACGGCUGGCGCUCCCUAAAAGGCACCGCUUUCCACGACGGCUACGGCCACACGUACGCCCCGCCCGGCUACAAGCAGGGCGACAUCCUCGGCUGCCUGAUCGACCUCCCCGACCUGGAAGCGCAGCUGGACGGCGGACGCACAAUAGGCUCAAUUCUGCCGUCAUCCCACAAAGAGGACUUGUUGAUCAAGUUCAAAAACCACUUUGUUUUCCAAGAACACGAUGAUCCCCAGGUCGCCAGCCUCAAGCUCACCGAACUCCCGGGCAGUAAAGUGAGUUUUUUAGGGAGUUUAUCGAGUUGAAGAAGAGGUUUAAAGGGGAAUAACGCGAAAAUAAGCGAGUUUUGGGGAGAAAUCAGGAUUUUUUGACGAAAAAAUGAAUUUUUGGUAUUGUUAUAUACUUUUUUUGGCCGUUUUUGAGUGGUCUGGCAGUUAUAUUGAAUGAAAAAUAGAUUCAAAGUGUUUUUAGAUGGAUUUUAGUGGCGUUUUUAACUUUUUUCGGAGCGGGGAUUCGAACCCGCAAUGUUUUGAAUGGCAGGCUAACAACUUACCCAUUGCGCCAAAAUGACACAUGGCCUAAAAUACGGCCAAAUAAAAAUUUGAAUAUUUGUAGAGUAAUUUUAGACCAAUACACGUUAUAAUUACUGUAUUUUACCAUCCUUUACGAUUUUUGAAAAAAAAUUUUCUGGUUUUAAAAAAAUUUUUUUAGAUUGAAUUUUUCCUCAACGGCCGCUCCAAAGGGAUCGCUUUCACCGACAUCUACGAAGGUGCCUAUUAUCCAGCAGUUUCGAUGUUCCACGACGCCACAGUCCGCGUCAACUUCGGCCCCAAGUUCAGGUAUCCAAUGCCCAAAAACACUCGUCCCAUGGCCCAAAGACCCGACGAAAUGGCCAUAGAACAGUGUCUGGUGGACCUCUGCGACCUGGUGAAGCAUCAGCAUGAGGAAGAGGCCCAUCGGAUCACCGCCAUCCCCGAAACGACGGAUUAA